AUGUAUCCAGCCGCAGCAGCGGUAGCCCAGAAGGAUUUCUAUGUGGAUGAUUUCCUGUCUGGUGCCGACGAUGUUGAAUCCGCUAUCCACCUACGCCAAGAAAUGUCCGCCAUGCUUUCAGCGGCAGGCUUUCCGCUGAAGAAGUGGGCUUCAAACUCGCCUGAAGUUCUAGCCGAUAUUCCCGAAGAUGAUCUAGCCUUCCCGCCGUACCAUGACCUUCAAGACGAUCAAUCCGCUUCCACUCUCAGACUCAUCUGGGAACCGAGAUCCGACAUGAUGAGCUUCAAGAUUCAACUGCCAUUACCAGCACCCGUUUUGACUAUACGGAAAGUUAUGUCCUACGUUGCACAGAUUUUCGACCCACUUGGCCUGGUGGGACCAAUAAUAGUCAUCGCUAAGCUCCAAGCUAAGUAUCCAAGACACGACCGUAGAUUUGACGUAGGAUUACGAAAGGUAGUUAUGAUGUCACAGCAAAAGUAUAGUUAA